AUGAGGGAAGUUAACCCGUCUGCUGCGAUUGCCACGGAUUUGGUUUUCCCUGGUAGCCUGGUAACACAUACUUCGAGGUCUUUCUCUGCCUCUGUGGUGGAUAGUGGAGUGUUUCCCAUGUGGUAUUGGUGUGCUGGAUAUCCCUUCACUGGUAGCCUGGUAACACAUACUUCCAGGUCUUUCUCUGCCUCUGUGGUGGAUAGUGGAGUGUUUCCCAUGUGGUAUUGGUGUGCUGGAUAUCCCUUCACUGGUAGCCUGGUAACACAUACUUCCAGGUCUUUCUCUGCCUCUGUGGUGGAUAGUGCAGUGUUUCCCAUGUGGUAUUGGUGUGCUGGAUAUCCCUUCACUGGUAGCCUGGUAACACAUACUUCCAGGUCUUUCUCUGCCUCUGUGGUGGAUAGUGGAGUGUUUCCCAUGUGGUAUUGGUGUGCUGGAUAUCCCUUCACUGGUAGCCUGGUAACACAUACUUCCAGGUCUUUCUCUGCCUCUGUGGUGGAUAGUGGAGUGUUUCCCAUGUGGUAUUGGUGUGCUGGAUAUCCCUUCACUGGUAGCCUGGUAACACAUACUUCCAGGUCUUUCUCUGUCUCUGUGGUGGAUAGUGGAGUGUUUCCCAUGUGGUAUUGGUGUGCUGGAUAUCCCUUCACUGGUAGCCUGGUAACACAUACUUCCAGGUCUUUCUCUGUCUCUGUGGUGGAUAGUGGAGUGUUUCCCAUGUGGUAUUGGUGUGCUGGAUAUCCCUUCACUGGUAGCCUGGUAACACAUACUUCGAGGUCUUUCUCUGUCUCUGUGGUGGAUAGUGGAGUGUUUCCCAUGUGGUAUUGGUGUGCUGGAUAUCCCUUCACUGGUAGCCUGAUAACAUAUACUUCCAGGUCUUUCUCUGUCUCUGUGGUGGAUAGUGGAGUGUUUCCCAUGUGGUAUUGGUGUGCUGGAUAUCCCUUCACUGGUAGCCUGGUAACACAUACUUCGAGGUCUUUCUCUGCCUCUGUGGUGGAUAGUGGAGUGUUUCCCAUAUGGUAUUGGUGUGCUGGAUAUCCCCUCCCAAGGUACAUGACUUUACGUUUUUCUUCAUUGAAUUGUAGCAGCCACUUUUUGUUCCAUUCCUGUAGCUUGAUGAGGUCUUCUUGUUGGAAAUCCACACUCAAGGGGUUAAGACAACUCUCGUUUUACGCGUAGGUGGAGAAAAAAAAACCAACCUGCAUGAAGUCACUCUCGUAAUUUACACCUAACUGCUAUAUAAGGGUGCCAGGUGAGUCCAGGUGUUCGGCUCGUGUAAUUGUGAGCCGGACGUGUAAGGUAGGAACAAAAUAUUGGCUUUCCUGCAUCACGCUCUCCCAUGAAAUCGCGUAACUUGAAUUCGCAUAUAACGAAGUUUUACCUGUACAGAAAUUAAGAUGAGAUGAAAGGGGAAAAGAAGAAAAGGUUAGGAAAGGGAAAAGGAGAAAAAUGAAAGGUUAGAAAAAGAUAAGGAAAUGGCUGACGAAAGGGGGAAAAAACUCAGAGAAAGGAAGAAAAAAAAGCCAGGAAAGGGAAAAGGAGAAAAAGAAAGGUUAGGAAAAGAAAAAAAAGGAAAAUAGGUAAUGAAAAAAA